ACCCUCGUCAUCUCGUGGCCGUGCACAGGCGUAGCCGCGCAGCCCAGUCCGAGGUGCUGGAGGCUAUUCAGCUGUUUUGGCUUGGCUUGUGGCCGGUGAGAGGUGGACACGACGACGGUGACGGUGAGGUGGAGAGCGGAGUGGCGGAUCGUGGCUCCGAUCCACAAGGGACGGCUCCACACAUCGGGUUCCUGCCUCUGCUCAGCAGCCAUGCCGGUGAGGCGGCGGCAGCCGCGUCGGCCGGAGACGGGUGCGGCGGAGAGGUACAGGGAGAUGGGGAUCGGGGCUGCGCUGUCGCGGCCCUGGGACUAUCCCACGGCCUGCGGCGAGCUUGCAGCGCUGCUGCGCCUCGGAUACGCGGACCUCCCUAAGGCAGCCCAGGCGCUCGUUGCCUCCGACGUGCUACUCGCGUUUCGCCUCCUUCCCGAUGUGCAGACAGGAUAUGCAGUAAGCACAGCUAAUGUUCUUCUCCAAGCAGUAGAAGUUGCUCUACCAAAGCAAAAGAAGGCGCAGGCUGUUUCAGAGUUCAAGCACUCUAUUAUUGCACAUAAAAGGCGUGCAAGAGUCCAACAAAUUUCAGCCUCCUUUGAAGAUUUAGGAGGAUUACAAGCCUUAAGACUUACUGAUACAAGGCAUUGUGAUGUGUUAUUUUCAAUCCUCUUGACAGGUUCACCACACAUACCACAAGAUAUACUUGUCCAUAUCUUCAGUUUCCUGGACAUGCAUUCUUUGGUAGCAGCAGGUCUUGUCUGCUGGUCUUGGAAUUCAGCGGCAAAUGACAACAAACUGUGGAAGAUGAAUUACUCGAUUUUCUUUGGCCUCAGCCAUUUGAGUUGCAACAACAUUCCUGUAUCUGGUGUGCAAUACAGCACGAAUUCGGUGCCAAAUUAUCCAAACUUUAGCUGGAAGGAGUCCUUCCACACUAAGUAUGCAGAAUGCGCGUCAUGGAAAUUUGUAUCAAAUAGAGCACUAUGUGCGCAUUGCAGAUCAGUUAUUUGGCUGAGCAACCUCACAUGUGCUUCUCCACACCAUUGCCCUAAGAAUAGACACCAUGAAGUAAAACUACGACCUCUGUUACCUGAUACAUCCUGGAUCAGGUUGCUAAAUACAUAUUGCGCGUUGAAGAUCUAGCAGCUUCAUCAUCUGAAAGUGAUGACACAGAUGACUCAGAUUAUGAGAAUUGGCACCCAAGAUUUUGGGCGCUAUAGGACAAUGAUAUUCGGAUUGUGACUAUUUAUGUCCUCGAUUCUACUAGUUUGCUGUAUUUAGUAUGUAGCAACUACAAACAUCAUACGAAUGGAACACAUUGUAUAUUGUAUUGUCUAUUGUAGUCUUGGUACAACUAUAUUUAGGAGAAGCAACUGUUGGGUUGAUUUCAUUUAGGGCGUCGAGCUAGGGAGCGUGGUGCCGAGCGAGGAGAGGGACGCCGCCGCGCCGGGAGCUAGGCGCUGGGGAGCAGGGCGCAACAGGAAUAACGACGACGAUGGUGUGGUCUACAGAGGUUCUUGGUUUGGAAACGACCGACCAAUGCUAAUAGUGCUCAACGGCUGAUGGGAGACUAGCAUGAUGUGAUCUGCAGGAGCUAACAGGUACAUAUGUGCUACUAGUGCUCAAUAGCUGAAACGACCGUGCAAACUACUGUGAUGUGGUGUGUAGGAGCAGGCGUUGCCAAAUAGAUACAGUUGCUGCUACUACAUGCACUGCCAGUGAGUGAUGACUGAUGAAGCAAUGCUACUGCAGAAACCGAUACAGACAAUCAGACAUAAAAGACCGUGCUAGCGAAACCAGUGAUCACUCUUUAUUCCGAGUUUCUAAUGAGUGUUUGGUUUGAGAAAUGAUAUAGUCCAUCAUCUUCUCACUCCUUAUUUUUUUUAUUUGGUUUGUAUAAUGGAGUGAGUUAAUCUAUCAUCACCUCAUUUCUCAUAGUUAGUUGUUUAGUACUAAUAUGUGGAAUAGAGUUAUCCCACCAAAUUUGAGGAAUGGACCUAUGAUA